AUGAAAACGUGGAGAAGAGCAGCAGACAUGGAGUCCGUAGAGGAGGUGGCUCUGGGCGUGGGGGCCGCAGUGGGGGAGGAGAACUACUUCCUGGGCUACACCUUCACCGACCGCUCUCACUCCAGCCGCGUGGUCAAGAACAUCAUGGACCUGUGUCUGGAGGACGGCCUGUUUGCGGACGUGACCAUCCUCGUGGACGGGAGAGAGUUCCAGCUUCACCGCCUCGUCCUCUCUGCUCAGAGCACCUUCUUUAGAUCCAUGUUCACCUCCAACCUGCGAGAGUCCCACGACCGCACCAUCGAGCUGAAGGACGUGAGCGCCCGCGUCUUCCAGCUGCUGGUGGACUACAUCUACCACGGCUCCAUCCGCCUGCGCGUUGACGACCUCCAGGACACGUACGAGAUGGCCGACAUGUACCAGCUCACGGCGCUGUUCGAGGAGUGCUCCAGGUUCCUGUCGCGCACCGUGGAGGUCAAGAACUGUCUGCAGGUGAUGUGGCUGGCGGACCGACACAGUGACCAGGAGCUAUACACUGCAGCAAAGCAUUGUGCCAAGAUCCACCUGGUCCAGCUGCACCAGACCGAGGAGUUCGCUAACCUCCCGCUCUGCCUCCUGCUGGACAUUAUCAAAGACGGAGUCCCCAGCUCCCAGAAUCCCACUGUGGCCAUCGAGUCCUGGAUCAACCACAACAAAGUGGAGAGAGAGGAGUUCUCUUCUGUCCUGAGAGAGAACCUGAAGGAGAUCGGGGAGAAGGUGCACAUCUAUCUGAUCGGGAAAGAGGAGAGCAGGACGCACUCUGUGGCCGUGUCUCUGCACUGUGACCAGGACGACGCCAUCAGUGUGAGCGGCCAGAACAGUCUGUGUCACCAGAUCACGGCGGCCUGCAAACACGGGGGGGACCUGUACGUGGUGGGGGGCUCCAUCCCUCGCCGCAUGUGGAAGUGUAACAUGCACACCAUGGACUGGGAGCGCUGCGCCCCGCUGCCCCGCGACCGUCUGCACCACACCAUGGUGUCUCUGCUCAGCGAUGACGUCAUCUACUCUCUGGGAGGAAAGACUCUGCAGGACACUCUGUCCAACGCCGUCAUCUACUACACGGUGAAGGACAACAUGUGGACAGAGACCAGCGCCCUGGACACCGCCGUGUCGGGCUCUGCGGGCGUGAACCUGGGGGGAACCAUCUACCUGCUGGGCGGCGAGGAGAACGACAUGGACUUCUUUACAAAACCCUCGCGCCUGAUCCAGUGCUUUGACACGGUGACUCAGAAGUGUCAGAUCAAAGCCUACGUGCUGCCGUUCGCCGGCUGUAUGCACGCCGCGGUGCACAUGGACGUGAUCUUUGUGGUGGCGGAGGGAGACUCUAUCGUCUGCUACAACCCUCUGUUAGAGAGCUUCACUCGCCUGCGCUUCCCUGAGGUCUGGAGCUGCGUGCCCUCACUCUGGAAGGUGGCCAGCUGCAACGGCUGCAUUUACGUGUUCAGAGACAAGUGUAAGAAAGGAGACGCAAACACCUUAAAGUUCAACCCUGCCACGUCUGUAGUGACUGUCAUCAGAGGAAUCAAGAUCCUACUCACCAACUGGCAGUUUGUUCUUGGCUGA